AUGGCGGCCUAUCGAGGCUCGCUUCUGGCUCGGCACGGCAGAGCCGGGGGUGUCACCGGCUUGCACGCAGGACCGAGCCGGAGAAGGGCGCAGGCCGCAGGGCCCAUCGCUUCCGGCCAAAGAGCGGGGAAUAGUCCUGCGGGAGAGCUGGGUGUUGCUCCAUGGGUAGCAGUGGUGGGUCUGGAAAUUCAUGCACAGAUCAGUUCCAGCUCAAAGCUUUUCUCUGGCUCCCAAGUCCAUUUUGCAGCACCACCUAAUUCUUUGGUAUCUUUCUUUGAUGCUUCUCUACCAGGAACUUUACCAGUUCUCAACAGGAGAUGUGUAGAAGCAGCAGUGAUGACAGGCCUCGCACUGAACUGCAGCAUCAACAAGAAGUCCUUGUUUGACAGAAAACACUAUUUCUAUGCAGAUCUGCCUGCUGGCUAUCAAAUCACUCAGCAGAGACUUCCUGUGGCUGUGAAUGGGAGUCUUUCAUACAGCUUCUGUGUAGGGGGGAAAAAGAACCAGAUGGUAACCAGGACUGUGAGGAUCAAACAAAUCCAGUUGGAACAAGACAGUGGAAAGAGUCUUCACGAUGACACAAGGAGCCAGACUCUCAUUGACUUGAACAGGGCUGGUGUUGGCCUGAUGGAGGUUGUCAUGGAGCCUGAUAUGAGCUCUGGGGAAGAGGCAGCUGCAGCAGUCAGAGAGCUUCAGCUUAUUCUUCAAACACUUGGGAGCAGCCAGGCAAUCAUGGCAGAGGGUCAACUGAGAGUGGAUGCCAAUGUAUCUGUGCAUCACCCUGGAGAAGCUUAUGGAGUAAGGACCGAAGUGAAGAAUAUCAAUAGUAUACGAUUUCUGGCAAGAGCAAUAGACUAUGAAAUACAGAGGCAAAUCAAAGAACUUGGAAAUGGAGGAACUAUUAUGAAUGAAACCAGAGCCUUUGAUGACAAACUUGGGUGCACCAUCUCAAUGAGAGAUAAAGAAGGAAAACAGGAUUACCGGUUCAUGCCAGAGCCAAACCUCCCUCCAUUGAUUCUGUAUGAUACUAAAUCAUUGCCUGCUAAUGUGAACCAUCGGCAAGUGGUGAAUAUUGAUUGGAUUCGGGAGAGGCUUCCUGAUAUGCCCAGUGUGAGGAGAGAGAAGCUUGUUGAACAGUAUGGGAUUCUGCCUGAACACAGUUUCACCUUAUUGAAUGAAGAGGGAUUAGUGAAGUUCUUUGAAAAUGUAGUGAGACAGACCCAGAUGAAUCCAAAGAAAGUGAUUGGUUGGAUUCUCAAUGAAAUGCUCCAUCGUUUAAAUCAACACAGCCUUACCAUCAAGGAAAGUCCAGUCAGUUCUCUCUUUCUGGCUGACCUUCUAAACCUUCUAGAGAGAGGAACGAUUUCUUCUUCAGCAGCCAAACAAGUACUCGAAGAAUUGUGGAAUGGGGAGGGGAAGACUCCACUUCAGAUUGUUAAAGAAAAGAAACUUGAACGAAUCCAGGAUCAGCAAGAGCUUGAACAGAUCUGCCAGGCAGUGAUGGAAGAACACCAGGAAGAGGUUAUGGAGAUAAAGAAAGGAAACCGAAAAGUUCUGAAUAAACUGAUUGGACUGGUUCAAAGAACAACAGGAGGGCGAGCAGAUCCUGUGGUAGUGAAACAAAUAUUAGAGAAGAGGCUGUCAUAGUAGCUUUCGGAGCAACUUGCACAAAUCCCUGGACUUUGUAAGUUCAAUUCCAGCCAGAGCUAGAAGAUGAUACUAUAUAAACUCAGCAUGGAACAGGAUUAUUAUUCCCUUUUGAUGCUUAUUCAGGUAGGCUCUUACCAUACAGUUUUCCUUGAAUGCUUCAGACAAAAAUAAGAAGAGCAAGCAUUCAGUGCCAAAGAAUAGCAGGGGCUAGUACUGACAGCUGUUCACUCUUCCUGUAGCUGGUUCUGCAGACAUUAUAAAGGGAAGUGAUUCAAUGCAUGCAGUUAGGGGACAAAUACCAGGGUGAGUCUGUAACUGUACAGUACUGUUUGUCUGAAUACUCUAGAAAUUGUAUCAGAUCUAUGUGAUGAUUAAAUAUUGCCAGGUAGUAGCAUUUUUCUGAAGGAACAGAAAUUCACACAGCUUCAGGAAGGGGAAGCAGUGCUGUUUGCCCCUGCCUUUUAGCAGGCUUAAGGGACAAUUGCCCUAGGGCCCUCCAAAUGACCCCCAGAGUCCCACGCAAUGAGCUUUGGUCAGCACUGAGGGCUGCCUGGGGGAGGUCAGUCUCACCCCCUCCCCUUGUAUCUGAGACUUCAACCCUUCCAGGGGCAUGGAGCCACCCUCU